UUUCCGAUAAAACGUGUGUCUCAUCGGGGUGACACGGAUACUUUUUAACGAAAAAACGUGUCCAUGAGUCACCCACUUUUUGUGAGUUUUUUCUUGCCUUGUCAUUUUCAUUUAGUAGGAUAACCGAAUAUCCAUAAGUAAAUAUCGUGCACUUUUAAGCAAGUUGGUCAUCCAAAUCUGUUCCUUACAAAAUUAGAAAAAUCCACUGAAACUCGGUGUAAUUACUUUGUAAGGAUAUGUAAAACGUGAUCAUGAGUCAUCACGUGACCCCAUUUCUUUACAGGAUCCCCGCAUUUAAAUAAAUAUGGUACAGUUUUACUCAGUUUUUCGCAAGUCGUGUAUCCAGAUCUGUUCCUCGAAAACACAAGUUCCCACCAGUUGCAAAAUUCAAGCCUGAAUUUUUGUCAUUUUUUCGCGUAAAAGAAUGAUUCGUAUUGAAACCUCGUGUGUAGAGAAGAUCAGUGGAAUAAUUUGCAUAAGCAGUAUUUCAUACCCAAGAUUACUGGAUUUUCAUGCCCUGGUUCUGGAGCUGGAGGGGAGCCUCACUAUUUCGACUGGUAACCAAGAAAAAUUCACUUCUCGGAUGAAAGAACUUUCACCGGAAGUUAGUACCAAAUCGGUCUGUAAUUCCAAAGUGUUCACCGUGGUGGGUCCAUGUCGACAUCUUACUCGCGGUGAAAUUUCUGCCAGCACAACACCAUGCUACCAUUAUUUUCAAGACACGUACCGAUUUACACUACCCCUUCCGCAAAAUGUGAACCAACUUCCGUCCAGUUUGGAGUCUCAAAAUCUGUCAAUUUCUUAUUCCCUGAUUUUAUAUGGACGAACGGCAACCAGCUACGAGCAACUGGACUCUUGCCGUGUCAAAAUAUUUGGCCACGAUUUAAUCAAUUUUCCCGCCGAGAUUGAAUCCAUCUCGGUUACCAGUUCAAACUCCCCGGUUCAUUUGGAGCCACCCACCCCAGAAAAGUACCACUUGGUCAGGGAACCCCGCUUUUUUGCGAAUUUUGAAGCCACCCGGAAUAUUCGAGAUAAAGUCGCUAUAAUUGUGAAGCUGUUGGACACACGAAGUUUAUUUUGGACUCAAAUGGAGGACAAGCUUGUCAUGGAUGCAGAAUCGUUUAAAGUAGCCCGCCAGCGGGGAACGUGUCUCACUCCGACGCAUGAGGGGAAAAUGGUGGACAAAAAUUCAAGCGUAAAAUUGGUCCCGUUUUAUAAUCAAAGAGGUGAAGUAAUUUCAGGCCUGAAAAUUCAGCACUUUGUAAAUGCCAGAAUACAGCUACCUGGGGAAACUGAUCCGAGCGUAGCUAUGGAAAUGAUGCGGGAAGUGAUAAUAAGAGCGGGAAACUUAGCGCACGGCUCUUCCACUUUUGAAAUUAGGCGAAGCACGGGUAGUUUACGGGAGCCAAGAAGACGUGAAACUACCCGUCGCAGUCUGUCGAAAUUAUUGUCAGGAUCUGUUUCAUCGUUUCGGGCACUAGUCCUUCAUCCAUUCCACGCUCAUAAAAAUUCAAGAAGAGGAUCCAACAUUUCCACACCAACAUUGCCAGCUCACUUUGAUAACAUGGAACCUUUUGAUUGUUGAAGCCGGAGUUAGUAUCAAGGGAAUCAGUCAAAAAUCAUCCCCAUGGGACGAAUCUAGAUGCAGCUUAACUCUUACGAGGGCAACAAUCCCAUAUUUAUUGCUCCUUCGAGGCGAUGCCAGUUGAAAAUGAAAUAUUUAUAAAUAUUACACUUUCUAACAAGAUAAUGUCUGUAAUUUUAUUGAUCAAAAAGCAAAUUCUUCUAGGUUCUAAAAAAUAUUUCACAUAGAUUGAAAGCAUAUACAGAGAUUAUUCACUUUUUUAUAUGAUUUUAUAUGAAAGUAUGAUUGCAAUAUUUUAAAUGUUUUAACAAUUUGAAAUAUCUGCGGAAAAAUUAGGACCUAAGAAGCCAGUGUUGUUAUCUUCUCCUCACGUAUUUCUCACUUUCAAAAACAUACCUGUAGAAUUUGACGAAUCAAACACGAGAAGUAAAUUUAAAUUAGGUGCCAAAAUCUCUUUACCAGCCGCGCAAUCGCUCUCACAUCAAGCUUAGCCUCAGCUAUAAGAACGACCCCAAACAGGAUCAUUGUUAUUCCCACGGUGUAAAAGAAGGGUAACAGCGUGUUUAUAGAAAUAUAGGGUGACGCCACUCUCAGUUGUGGCCACUUCAUCGCCGACAUCCUAAUGUUAUAUUUGUAUUGCUGCCUCCACAAGAUGUUAAAUCCUCCCUGCUCCAGACCUCUGAUACUUUCACCAAUCUCGAACCGCAAUGCGUUGUUACAAACGCCGAAAUAGGCGUUGUUCAAAGCAAUAUCACGAAUCAAAAAACACUCAUAUUUUCCAUUCAAUUUUUGAUUUUGUAGCUUGAGAAGAGCUUUAAGUGCGUAAUCUGUAUCGUGGGAGAGAACGAAAUUUUUUGGACUAUUUUUCGUAACAUAUGCACUAUGCAAGGGACCGUGGCUGCUGUAAGUAGAACAAAUAGUAUACCAUGUUGAACAAACUAGGUAGCAAAAAUUAUCGAACCAAACCUAAAUAUUUCUGGCGAUCAGGGUGCUAUAGACACCAAAUUUUGCACAAAAUACGUAAGACAAUGAAAUUCGGUGAAGGGAUUUCCCAUGCAGAGUUAGCUUAAAGUCAUCUUGCGACCAGAGUGUAGUCGGAUCAAUGAUUCAGAUUGGCUUGGAUCGAAUCCGAUUAUAUCUGGAAUCAUUUUACCCUAAUUAGUGUAGUUGGAUCUAUGUUUUUUGGAAUCCAACUCGGAUACGGUUCUUUGGUGCAAAGAUAUUUGUGGUGCACGUAAGGCAAUGGCAGGAAAAGACGUAAGGGUGCGAAGGGGAGCGCGCUGUUUCCUUCCCUCGCCAAAAAAUUUCGACAUAAGAAACAUUCACGCUUUAUAAUUAAUAAGCAAGCGAUAAAGGUAAAUGAUUUGUUAAGUAAGUGUAACCUCUUGAAAAUACGUGAGCGUCGUGAUCUAUUUCUGUAUAAGUAUGCUUUUAAACAUCUUCAAGACCAAAUAAGUUCCUCUUCAAUUAGACGUUCUUGGCCACUCUUAUCGGUAAAAUCAUGUAAUUUUGCCCAAAAAUUUAUAAAUCAUCGCGCUACCAAGUUAUAGAAUAAACUCCCACGCGAUUGGGACCCAAACUUGACCUACAAGAAAUAUGUACAAGCCGUCCGUGAACACAUCAUUAAUGCACGUGAUGACUAAUAUUGUUAUUAAGUCCAUUAGAUAUUUUUUAGGUUAAAUAUAUAGUUUUAUCUACUUGUGUCAUAGUUUUUAAACCAGUUUUGUAAACCGAUAACUAUUAACACGUGAAUAAAGGUUUAAAUCAUA